AUGGUCGCCUUCAACAAAUUCUUCACAGCCGUCUUUCUCGCCAUUGCCUACGCUUCAAUCUCGCAAGCCGUCCCUUACAGCCAAGACGUGAAGCAUUCUACUCACCGCGUCCGGGAGAUAGGUCGUGGACUGAAAGUCGAAGUGUACCACCCGCAGACGUCAUAUACCACGUUUGGAGACGGGCUUGCUGGCCCCGCACUGAGAGGAGGCGACCUCAAGUCGAAGACCAUCGCGGUGGUUCGCCAGCGUCUCGGCGUGGAUGAACGUUCUGUGAAUUUCAAGUCGGGUUUCUCGCAAUCAUCAGAGUCAUACGGAUACGUCAAGCAGCAACAUAACGGCAUUCCUUUUGCCAAUGCCGUCGCGAACGUUGCCUUCAAGGACGACAAGAUCGUCGCGUUCGGUUCAUCAUUUGUCAAGACGAAGAACAUCGCCUCCUCUACACCAGCAGUCUCCCUCGACAAAGCUAUCUCCAUAGCCGAGAGUGCUCUCGACGGUAAACGGAACGAGCACCCCGCUGCUCUCGAAUACUACGCCAAGCCCGACGGUUCGGUCGUCCUCACCCACGUACUCCAAGUGCAGAACGAAGUCGCGGAUACGUGGUACGAAGCCUUCGUCGAUGCCCACUCCGGGGAGGUCGUGUCCGUCACCGAUUUCGUUGCCGAUGCGUCAUAUCAUGUCCUUCCUAUCAAUAAGAUGGUUAUUCCGGAAGGUUUGGAAACCAUUGUCGACCCGCAGAUCGCAUCUGCCUCUCCAAGUGGAUGGCACAACGAUGGUUCCUCAGAAUCCGAUAGCACAACUGGUAAUAACGUCGUUGCGUACAAAGGCUCACAAUCGUCCCUCACCAAGGAAUCGGAAGCUGGUCACAUCUACAGCUACAUCGUUGACCCCGAAACAGAGCCGUCCACUGAGAACAACCUCGACGCCGCUCGCACCAAUGCUUUCUAUGUCGCCAAUAUGAUCCACGACAUCACCUAUUUGUAUGGCUUUACCGAGGCCUCCUACAACUUCCAGAACACCAACUUCGACAAGGGCGGCAAGGCGGAGGACAAAGUCCUCUUGUCCGUCCAAGAUGCUUCGGGCACGAAUAACGCAAACUUUGCUACCCCGCCUGACGGACAAUCCGGGCGAUGCAGGAUGUACUUGUGGACUUUGACAAAGCCUCGCCGAGAUGGAUCCUUCGAGAACGAUAUCAUCGCUCACGAACUCACUCAUGGUCUCACUAACCGCAUGACCGGUGGUGGCACCGGCAGAUGUCUGCAGACUACUGAGGCGGGUGGCAUGGGUGAAGGUUGGAGCGACGCCUUUGCUGAUUGGCUCUGGCAGAAGAGCGGUACGAUCCAGGACUAUAAACUUGGGUGGUACGUCUACAAACCCGAGGGGAUCCGUACGCAUCCGUACUCCACCGACGCAACUGUGAAUCCGUUGAAGUAUUCCAACGUCAAAGGCAACUACGCUGUACAUAACAUUGGAGAAGUCUGGGCGAACAUGCUGCACAACGUUCAUGGCGCUCUCCUUGAUGCCCAUGGGUUCUCGGACACGGCGUUCACCAACCCGGACGGCGACGCAGGGAAUGUCGUCUUCAUGAGGCUCUUCAUCGACGCUCUUGCUAUCCAACCGUGCAACCCAACAUUCGUCAACGCCCGCGAUGCUUGGAUUCAAGCAGACGCUAAUCGAUACGAGGGCACUCAUAAGUGUCUCAUUUGGAAGGUUUUCGCAUCCAAGGGUCUUGGAGCCAAGGCUGAGAAGUUUGUUGACAAUUUCGACGUACCGGACGAGUGUAAAGAUGCAACGGAGGAACCUGAGGUGCCUGAUGUACCGGAUGUACCGGACGUCCCUGAAGAAGAGGAAGAAGAAACCAUCAGCCCAGGUGAGGGAUGGCUAUAG